AUGAUAAACAAGAUGUCAAAUAUCAACAUUGGUCCUGUUCGUGCAUUUAACAUUAUGAAGGAAGUGUAUGGUGGGUUCGACAAAGUCGGUGCGACCAAAGUCAAUUUUAAAAAUUUCAAGAAAGAAUUAAAUCUUUUAUUUGGAGAGUUUGAUGCUGAAAUGUUUGUCAUGCGACUAAUGAGGAAAAAGGAGUUUUUACCGAACUUCUCUUGUGAAUAUAAAACGACAGACGAAGGUGUGUUGAAGUGCAUUUUUUGGGCCGACGAGGAUAUGAAGAGGAAUUAUUAUAUGUUUGGAGAUGUUAUAUCAUUUGAUGCUACCUACAAGCGUAACAAGUAUAACAUGAUGUUUGUCCCUUUCACUGGGAUUGAUAAUCAUAAUAGGAACGUCACACUUGGUGCUGCAAUUCUCGGUUCUGAAACGGCAGAGAUGUAUAGCUGGUUACUUAAGUCGAUCAAGAACGCAUAUGGGUACGCGCCUCCCGUAAUCGUUACUGACCAAGUCCCUGCGAUGAAAAGGGCUAUAGCUGAUGUUUGGCCUGAGUCGAGGUAUCGGUUAUGUAUGUGGCACGUCAUGGAUAAACUCACUACAAAGGUUGGGGUUGCCCUGUGUUCAAAUACAGAUUUCAGGAAAAGAUUGUCUACAGUUGUUUGGACUGAUUCUCUAUUGUUCGAAGCGUUUGAGACUGAAUGGGCAGCUAUUUUAAAUGAUUUCGGUUUAAUUGACCAUGAAUGGUUGACGUAUAUAUACGGGCUACGUGAAUCAUGGAUUCCAGCUUACUAUCGCGAAGAAGAAAUGUCUGGUCUUAUGCGGACAUCAUCUAGGUCCGAAAGCAAGAAUCACUGUUUUGGCAAGAUUAGCAAUCCAAAGUGCACGUUGGUUGAAUUUCUUAGCCACUUCGACACAGAUAUUGAAGCGCAAAGACACGAGCAUCGAAAAAACGAUCAUGACACUCGAUACACCAACCCUACCCUGGAGAGUGGAGUUAUGAUACGCGAGGAGGAUGUUACUGUUAAGUGUAACUGCAACAGGUUUGAACAGUUUGGAUUGUUGUGCAGUCACAUUUUUUGUGUGUUACGGAUUCUUGAUGUAAGGGAGUUUCCGAAACAAUAUAUAUUGAGGCGUUGGACGUGUGAAGCUGUUCAAAAUAGUUCCCCGGGUCCAUUCUUACGGAUGGUGGAGAUCCAGAUCGUAGUGAGGAGGUUAACCGUUGUGUUGGUGAGAUUAGUCAUGCAACUACGUAUGUUGUGA